AUGGCGGAAGGCACGAGAUACCGAUCCUUGGAAGAUCAGCUGAAGAAACAAGAGAGUAAGCUCCAGGAAUUGGCCGAAUCCAUGGCCGCUCUGCAUACGUCCGGGCAGAAUGAGUUACGGCAGAGACUCCAGGAGGAAAUGGAGAAGAGCAACUCGAGACUGGAGACGGUGGUGGGAAAUCUGGACCAGAAAUUCUGCAAGUUGGAGCAAAAGUUCAGCGUGUUAAUGAAAGUGAUGAUGAAGGACAAGGGAGUUCAGGAGAACGAAGGAGGAUCCUCCGAACCUCUUCUACCUACACCACCCUCGCAUUUCCGACUGGCGGCUCAGGCUGAAAUGGCAGGCCAUCAGCAGGAAUCCAGAGGGGUGAAAUUAGCUAAACCUGGGCUAAAUUGGGAAGAGUUUAGUGAGUUGCUAUGUGAGCGUUUCUCUGGAAAGGGGUCACUUGACAUAGUAGAAGAAUUUAACAAACUGCAACAAGUGGGGACAGUGGAGGAGUAUGAGGAAAAAUUUGAGGAAUUAAAAACUCUGAUGUUGACCAAGAACCCCAGAUUAGAUGAGUCCUAUUUUGUUUCCAGCUUUAUCAGUGGGUUGAAAGAGGAGAUCAAGCCCAUGGUAAAGAUGUUUAGACCAAAGCAUUUGAGGAUUGCCAUGGAGCCUAAGUUUGGGAUGUACAAGGGCCAAUUUGGUGGGCAGAACUUACCUAGUUCUUACAGGCUGCCUGCGAUAACUCCUAACACUAAGAGGACUGAAAAUGCACACAAGGAGUGUAGGACAAAAGGUCUGAACUGCCUUAGUGUGGAAGAAGAAGAGGAGACUGAUUUUGAGGAUGCAGUGGGGGAACAGGAUGAGUUUACUGGUAGAGUUGGGGAGAUGGCUGAAGUAUCAUUGAAUGCCUUGUCUGGUGCUAUUCAGAGGAAGUCCAUCAUGCUGAUUGGCAGUAUUGGUGGCUUACCAAUCAAAAUACUAGUGGACACCGGGAGUUCUGACAGUUUCAUCAACCAUAGACUUGUUACCUUACUGCACUUACCUUAUCAAUCUGUGAAUCCUUUUACUGUGACUUUACCGAAUGGGACAGACAUCACCAGUGGGACAGCCUGUCCUAAAGUAGCUUGGAGGAUACAAGACUACCAAUUUCAGUUUGACAUGAAGAUAAUGGAACUAGGAAAUUGGGAUAUCAUCCUGGGAGUUGAUUGGAUGUGUCAGUUCAGUCCAAUCACCUUUGACUUCCACACUCUCAGUAUCGCACUCAGUGAUCGAGGGCAAUUACUUCACCUCCAAGGGUUCAUAAAUCAACCUACGAUGGAGCUUGUGAGGAGAAAGGAUCUCAGAUCCUUCAUCCAAGAAAAAAAGAGGAGCUGUGCACACCUGCAGGCGAACUCCACCAAAGACCUUCAGAAAGACAUCCCAGAGCUAGUGGAACAAGUUUUACAGCAGUUUCCACAGAUAUUUGCUACUCCAACGGGACUGCCUCCAGAAAGGGAGCUGGAUCACCAAAUCCCUCUCAAACCAGGGGCAGAACCAUUUAAACUCAAGCCUUACAGGUACCCCCACUCCCAUAAAGCAGAAAUUGAGAAGCAGGUUGUAGAAAUGCUUACGAAUGGGAUUGUUAAACACAGUACUAGUCCUUUUGCUUCCCCUGUCUUGUUGGUUAAAAAGAAAGAUAGUACUUGGAGACUAUGUAUAGAUUACAGGAAGCUAAAUGAGGUGACUGUCAAGGAUAGAUUUCCCAUCCCCAAUAUUGAUGAAUUGCUAGAUGAGUUACAUGGCACCAAGUAUAUGUCUAAGUUGGACCUCAGGGCUGGGUACCAUCAGUUGAGGGUCAAGGUAGCAGACACUCCCAAGACUGCUUUCCAAACACACCAUGGGCACUUUGAAUUUCUAGUAAUGCCUUUUGGCCUAACAAACGCACCAGCCACAUUUCAGGCUUUGAUGAAUAGGAUUUUUCAGCCAUUCCUGAGAAAAUUCGUAUUGGCAUUUUUUGAUGACAUCCUGGUCUACAGUCCCACUCUAGAGUCACAUGCACAACACCUAAAAAUUGUACUCCAGGUCUUAGCGGAUAACCAGUUAUACUGUAAGAAGUCAAAAUACUCUUUUGCUCAGACAUCCAUGGAAUAUUUGGGGCAUGUGAUUUCUGAGGUUGGGGUCAACAUGGACCCAGAUAAGGUGGGGUGUAUUCUGUCUUGGCCCACUCCUAACUCAGUUAAAGAAUUAAGGGGAUUCUUGGGGUUGACUGGAUAUUACAGAAGAUUUAUAAAGGGGUAUGGUGUAAUUUGCAAGCCUUUAACUCAGCUAUUGAAGAAGGAGAGUUUUGGGCGGAACCAUCAUGCUCAGAUGGCUUUUGAAGACCUCAAAAGAGCCAUGACCACAACCCCAGUACUCAGUAUGCCUGAUUUUGAAAUUCCUUUUGUUAUAGAGACUGAUGCUUGCGGAGUAGGGAUUGGAGCAGUGUUAAUGCAACAUGGACAUCCUAUAGCAUUCCUCAACAAAGCUCUAUCCAGCCAGAACUUGGGGUUAUCUGUUUAUGAGAAGGAGCUAUUUGCUCUGUACAAAAAAGGAGCUGACAAUGAGGUGGCAGAUGCGCUAUCCAGGAGGAGGACUGAAGACCCUCAUGGGGACAUAGCAGUAAAUUGUACCAUGUGUGCAAUUUCCUCAGUCCAACCAACAUGGAUGCAGGAAUUGGUUGCAAGCUAUGAGGGGGAUAAUGAGGCUCAGCAGAAAAUAGCUCAGCUCCUGUUAGACCCCAAUGCAGUCUCAGACUAUCACUUGGAUAGGGGAAUGCUCAAGUUUAAAUAUCGACUAUACGUAGGAUCUGCUAAUGGUAUUCGUGGCAAGGAUGUUGUCACUUUUGUCAGGUCUUGUGAUGUAUUUCAAAGGAACAAGCAUGAGAAUGUUCCCUAUCCUGGACUUUUGCAACCUAUUCCAGUUCCACAACAGGCAUGGUCCCACAUAGCCAUGGAUUUCAUUGAGCAGCUGCCCCUAUCUCAUGGUUUUGACACUAUCUUGGUAGUGGUGGAUCGACUGACAAAAUUCAGUCACUUCAUACGUCUCACACAUCCUUUCACUACGCAACAGGUAGCUCAGGUCUUCCUUGACCAGAUUUAUAGGCUUCAUGGACUACCAGAAUCUGUGAUUUCAGAUAGGGAUAGAAUUUUUGUUAGCAGGUUUUGGCAAGAGUUGUUCCAUCUGUUGGGAGUUGGCCUGCAUUAUAGCUCAUCCUACCAUCCCCAGUCUGAUGGUCAGAGUGAGCGAGUGAACCAAUGCUUGGAAAACUAUCUUAGGUGUAUGUGCAGUGAACACCCCUCUCAAUGGAGUAGAUGGCUACCCACAGCUGAGCUAUGGUACAACACCAACUUCCACACCAGCUUACAAAUUACUCCAUUUGAGGCAUUAUAUGGAUACAAGCCCAACCACAUUCCUUUGGGACCCUUCCACGACAGUGUUAUUCCAGCUGCAACUGACCUGGUGCAGGAUAGGCUCCAGGUCAUCUCACUCAUCAAGGAGAAUUUGGCAAAGGCACAGAACCGCAUGAAACUCUUUGCUGACAGACAUAGGUCUGAACGUACACUUCAAGUGGGGGAUUGGGUGUUUCUUAAACUACAACCUUAUAGACAACAAACGGUGGCUAUUCGAAGGAGUUUGAAACUCACAGCAAAAUACUACGGACCUUUCCAGAUCAUUGCCAAGGUAGGGACGGUGGCCUAUAGGUUGCGGUUACCUGAUGGAGCUAAGGUUCAUCCAGUGUUUCAUGUUUCGCUGUUGAAGAAAAGAAUUGGAGAUGCUGAGGGCACUGACCCUAUGUUGCCUGCAUGGGACUCCUCUGACCAAUGCUUACUUCAACCUGAGGCAAUCUUGAGACGAAGAGCUAUCAGGCGUAACUCUCAAGUGGUCAUCCAGUACUUAGUGAAGUGGGAUCAGCUACCAGAAUCCGAGGCUUCUUGGGAAGACAAGGACUUCAUCGACAAACAGUUUCCAGCAUUCCAAGCUUGA